AUGGCAGCUCAACCGGAAUAUUUCAAGGCAUCCUUUACUAUUAUGGCAGGAGAGGCGGCGGCUCCUGUCCAUGCUGAUGCUCUUGUCGAAAUGGGUGCCGGUAUCAAAGGCAAAGUGGCAGAGGCUGUCAAUGAAGGACAUGACAUUGCCACGGUCCUCUUUGUCAAUCCUAAUCGUUUCAUUCCAACCCAAGGCUUCCAUUAUCUUGACGAUAUUGAGGCUACCAUCAUCCAUUCCAGUAGCAGUCUGCUUGUGCUGCGCUCUGAUCAGGGAGAUCGCAUUGUCUCCGUCCACUUUGCUGGUGGCUCCAACCCCUUCCGAGUCCGCCAUGCAGUUGAUGCUGAUGCCAAUGCUUUCAACACUGAAUCUGAUGGAGAAGCCACCAAGGGAGAAGAUGCUCAGGAAGAGAACGAUACCUCUCGCGACAUGCUCCAAACCUCGACGGAAGAAGAGGAUCCAACGGAAGAGGAAGAAGAAGAGGCGAGCGACGAUGUCCCUCCUCCUCCACCCAAGCAUAUUGCUCCUUCUCGUCGCCGUGGAGCUUCCAGUGCUCGUCGUCGCGGGGCACUGGACUCGGAUGAAGAAGAAGAGGUCCGCAUUCCUGUCUCUCGUCCUGUCUCUCGUCGUCGCAAUCGCCGCAACCGCAACCAAAGCAACAACACUGGUUGGGACUCUUUCGAGGGUGCUGUGGAUACACCUGAUCUGAGCCAGCUCCAUCUUCACUGA